GAUACAUAUUUAUUGUAAGGAGUUAAAUAGAUAUCAUUUUAAAUAGUACGAACUACAGCAGGAUAUGCUCAGCCUGAUAUCAGCAUGCAAAAGGAGGAGGUAGAGUAUACUCAGGAUUCAGCCAGCUGAAACAAUAAGUGUGCAGAAAUGGGAAGAAAGAAAAACAUCGACCAUUCCCACUUCCUCUAAGGGUGGUUUAUAACAACCCAUGAACGCACCGUUACUCGUGCAGACACAUUGGGUAGGCUGUGCGAUAGACACAUGUAAUGUUUAUAAGAAGUUCUUUGUGACUGAGGAACAACACUUUGCACCCUGAGGUGAACGCUGACCCAGAGACGCUGAUUCUGCUCCAAGCCAUGCUUUGUGAGAGCAGAUUGUUGAGAAUGACCUAUGGCGAGCUGGAGGAGCUGGAUCCUCUCCCUCCUCAGCACGCUCCCCAGAGUGUUUACGGUGUGCCGAGAGCAGCUGCGACCCUGGUGCCCGGCUCCAGCAGACACUCUCCACUCCUCCAUCACAAUUCCCCCGAGCUGACGGGUUGCUUGGACAACACCAGCGAUCCGGUGGAGUUGUACAUUUCCCCGCUGCAGUCCUUUGACGUCCUGGCAGCCCGGCCAUGCAGACAGAUCUCCCCGGAGAUAGAGAUCCCGGCUCUGGCCCGCUCACUGGGCGACGCUCCUUUCUUGGUCCCCUCCUUCUGUCAGAGCAUCUGCCAAAAUUACAGCGACCUCCAUAUUGGAGGCGACCAUGUGCUGCCUCUCUCCACCAAUGACGGUGAGAUCCGAGUCUGUCCUAAGGCGAAGGCUGAGGGCCCUUUCCUCCACUCCUGUGAUGUCCCCUCAGCUGUGGAGGACUCUCCCCCAGGACACGCAUCUCAGGGUGGGCUCCUGCAUCCUCUGAGGGGGGGCUCAAAUCGCUGGAGACUGGGCAGUGCCCGAGAUCGUAGCUUUUUGUUCCAGGGCCGUGAAGGUCCGUUCUCCAACUCUCUUCUAAAUCACUACCUGGAGCAGAAACUGUUGGAUUUGUACCAGCAGUACAUGAUGGAGAACAUGGCCAGGGAAAGGGCCCCUGGUUCUGACUCAGACCCCAUCCCUCUGCUGGGCUCAGAGCUGGUCCUCACCAGCCUGGACCAGAUCACUCUGCAGCUGAGCCGGGAGGGGAACCUGGAGGCCGGCCUGGCCAAAGACCUGGUCCUCAGCUGCCUGCUGCGGGUGGCCGGAGACAUGCAUUCCAGCGAGAUCAGCACCCCCUUCCUGCAGAUCUCCAGUGAAGUGUCCAGGGAGCAGCUAACAGAGAACAGAGAGGAGAAACCGCAGUGAGAAUUCUCCCUUUCAAUAUAGGUUGGUCACCA